AUGGGUCUGUCCGCAAGCGUGCCAUUGUGGCCCUGGGCAAGUUCAUCAUCCACGUGCCCGACCAGUACUCUGACGAAGCUCUCCAGUUCAUUAUGCAGCGCUACAGCACCAGCAAUAACGACGUCGAGGCAAGCAACUACCUGCGUGUGCUGGUCACCAUUGCCCGCCAGAAGCCGCUGCGCAUCGCGCAUCUGUUGAACCAGAUUCUGGAGCGCGAGCUGAGCAUCGUCGACUCGGCCGAGGGCGAGCGCCGCGUCACGUCCCUGAUGGCCCUCGAGACGGCAGUGAGCCACAGCCCUGAGCUCAUUGGCAGCAAGCUGGACCGCAUCUACACUGCAGGAAUCACUGCCAUCAGCUUCGACCCCAAUUACAACUAUGAUGCCGACGAGGACGACGAUGCCGACGAGGACGAUGAGUUCGAAGACGAGUUCGAAGACGAUUUUGACGACGGCAUCUACGAAGACGAUGAGGACGAUUCGUGGGAGCCCCUGGAGCAGAGCAGCCUGACUGACGCUAACAAGCUGCUGUCAAAGGUCGGCGAUAGCCUGAUCAAGCGGUUCAAGGAGCGCGAGGAUGUGGUGCGCAGCGAGGUGCUUGUUACCUAUGCAAUUCUGCUAGACGUGAUCAAAAAGGUUAUCAAGCCCCACGACGAGCAGGGCAUGGAUGUCGAGAACGGACUGGUCGAGGCUGUCGAGCAGCAGGCACAGCAGGUUGUGUCGACGUUGCUGGCCACGAUCAAGACGCACCCCAAGUCGACCGAGACCAAGCAGCUAGCGUUUGCUAUCCUUGCGCGCCUCGUCGGCAUCAGCCCGUCGGUGCUGGACAGCUCGCUGGAGGACAUCACAAAGCAGGUGGCGGACACGCUCAGCGCUAGCGAGUCGUUCGGCAUUCUGCAGUCAGCAUCGACCCGCCUGGUCAACGCCAACCUGAAACUCGACCGCCAUCAGAUCACACCCGAGCUUUUCCGGUUCAUCGCUGCAGUUAGCGCGCUGGUUCCGUCAACCAGCCUUACUGUCGCCAAGAAGCUUGUCAUUGCACUGAGAGCCUCGGCCGAUGAGCAUGGCACGGACAUCUCGUCAGCGGUUGAAUGGGUCCGGCAGUCGGCUCGUGACGUGCUCAGUCUUAUCUACUCCAACGACCAGGCCGUACGCACCGGCGCCAUCGAGUUUGCCACGCGGGACAAGAGCAGUGCCCUGGCGGCCACUUCCAUCCGGGCGCUGGCCGAGGCUGUUGCACAGCCGACGCAUGUCCCGAAGCAGGUGGUUGUUGACUCUGCGGCUUCUCUGCUUAGCACGGCAGGUGAGUUACUGAAGCUGGGCGAUAUCAGGUCGCUGACGGCUGGACUCGAGUUGGUCAAGAGCCUGGCUAACUAUGGCGACGCGGGUCUCGCUGGCAACCCCAAUGGCGCGCUGGACGAGGUCCUGGGUGUUAUCGGCCGACAUGCCACGGCUACUCCCCCAGUCUCCUUGGCCUUGCUGACCAUCAUUAUGCCCCUGGCCAGUGAGGACGAAGCGCAGAGGUCGAUUGGCGUCAUAAACAAGACGCUCUCAUCGUCGGCAGUCCAUGACCCACAGACCACUACUGAGCUACAUUAUCCCGCGGUCGUUGAGGGAUGGAGAGCCAGUCUGUUCCGCAGCUGGAGCUCGACCUACAGCGAAUGUGCGGCGUUGCGCAGCUACCAAAACAGCACCUCGACCCAGUUCACGUACCCCGAGAACUCACUGAGCAGCACCAGCAAGUGCCUCUAUGCGCUGUACAGCGGACUAUUCAGGGCACAGGGCGUAGCCUGGUCCAGUGACCACCUGGCCGAAAUUGUGCAGACUUCGUCCUCGACCGACGCUGAGGUGGCCAACCUGAUGCUGGCCCUACGUACCCUUGGAAUCGCUGCUACCCAUGGGACUCUCCCAGCAGACAAUGAGCUGAUCAAGCAGCUGGACGUGCACCUGGGCUCUUCGCACGAGGACGUGCGCACCGAGGCGGCGCUGGCUCUGGGCAACUACGUUGGCAAGUACCCAGACGUCUUUGGCGAUCUUUUUACCUCUGCUGUCGCAUCCGAUGCGAAAUACCAGGGCAGCCGGAUCCAGGCUGUCAAGACCGCAACUGAUGUCAUCGUGCGCACCAGUACCGACAGCGCUACCAUCGACUCUGUGUGGCAGUGUCUGUUGCAGUUUGUUCUGGGUGCUCAGGAAACUGUGCCGGAUUUGAUUCCUCAGUCACUGGCCAUCUUUGGUCUGGUCUACCCAGAGAAGUACCUGCCGCAGAUCGCAACCAGCACUGGCAGCCCCAACGCUGUGGCCGCCAUCGCCUCCAUCACUGCCUUCCGUGUCAUUCUGUCGGACAAGACUGCCGGUCCCCAGCGCGAUACGUACAUCAGGAGCGUCCUGCCUGAGGUUCUCAAGAAUCUGGGCCACGCAGACAUCAACAUUCGCCGGCUCACGCUGCUGCUGCUCUACUCGGUGGCCCAGAACAAGCCAUCGCAGCUGAGCGGCCUGGUGAAGGGCUUUGAGCCUGCCCUGUACAAGCAGACCGAGGUUGACGAGAGCCUGAUCCGCAUCAUCACCAUGGGCCCGUUCAAGAAGCGUGUUGACGAUGGCCUGGAUGCCCGCAAGAUCGCCUUCCAGUGUGUGUAUAUGCUGGUCCGCAACAUCCCCGACGAAGUUACUCCGAUGAGACUGCGGCUCACAACGCGUCUGAUUGUCAACGAGCUGCUGGUCCUGUCGCCGAGUUCGCUGCUACUGAGGCUGGACAGCGUCGCUGAGGCGGUGACCAAGCUGGUUGGCAAGAAGUUGACUGGUACUGCGCUGCGCCAAGAACACGAGAGCUUGCGCGAGAACACCCUCUCGUCGUUCGUUCUCUUUGUUACUCUCGAGCGCCUGGCCAAGAAAUCGUCGUCGCUGCUAGCCAAGGGCAUGACCAAGGAUGGUGCGUACGAGAAGCUCCGCACCACUAUUUCCACGAGGGGUGACGACAAGACCGUGAUUAUGUAUGAGCAUGCCACAGAAAUCGUGGACAAAACUGCCUGA